AUGUGGGAUGUAGCAUUCUACAAAGUAGACAGUCUCAAGUCGACUAGUGUGACAAGUUUUCUCGUCUAAUCUUGAACGAUAAUUUUGACAACUGGAACUGCUGCAUCUUCCUACAAGGACCGUCAGUAACUGAAGUUAGUUGAUAUAUUUUGGAGAAUUGCUCUAAAGUCACCAUGCGUUCUGCUGCUUGGAUUCUCGGCUUAGCAGCCAUGCUGUCACUGAUGGUACCGGAGGUGACUUGUGGACCAGUUUUCGAUCAAAUACCUGCUUCUGGUGCCUGCUCAGGCUACCCGGAUCCAAUCGAGGCCUGCCCCGCUAAUUACGAACCGGUGUGCACUAACAACGGACUCCAGUACGGGAACAUCUGCAGUCUUUGCUGGGCUGUGCAAAUGAGCAACUUGGCGGUCGAAACGUUUUUUGUGUACGGCGAGUGUAGUCGCAAGAAGAUACACCUUUAAUAAAAGUUCUCCACUGACUGUUAUCCUCAUCUCCAACACCAGCACAACAUUUGAAACCACGUGAUCAAGACACUCGCUAAAUUUCUCUAGAUGCACGCUGAACAGUCGCUACCGCGUGUAUUCUUACUCUCCAUAAUCAAUGUUAUUUAAAUACGGUAAUUGUAUUUUUAAAAAAUAGACAUUCCCAUAAACUUGUGCACUUAAAAAAAUCUGACUUUAAUAACCCAUAACAUAACCUAUCCUACCCUCACUUUGAAAAUGUGGGUUUUGCAUCACAAUCAAUUGAUUAAUUAAUGAGACAUGAAUAUACCUUGUCUCCCUAUAAGGUACAACUUUUGAUGAAAUGUGUCUUCCUAUAAGCCUUCAUUUACAGCAUUGAUCAUAAUUAAUGUUAUCAAAAGCGCGGCCAUUAAACCUGUAUCGGCUGCCAUUGUAUUUUAAAUGAACUGAGUAGGCUUAAACCACGAACAAUAAUUAUGCCGCCAUAAUGACACAGUGAAUCUUGUUUGAUGGUUGUCUGUUUCUUCCAGCGCAACAAAUUUACAAACUAAACUCAAUUCUCAAUUAAAAAAUAUAAAAUUGCCGCAAAUACUGAGGCAUUUAAUUAUUUCAUUAUUAAACGCGAGUGAAUUUAUUGCUGACUCGUUAGUGAGCCUUAAUAACUUUAGUGUUCCGAGCUAAAUACUAAUUUAAUAAAAAUCUAUUUUGGGGUGAAACUCGAAUAUUAUAUCAUUCGUAAUUUGCAGUUUAAAGAUGUAAAUCUCUUUUUAUUUCGGGGCUUCUCAAACAUGCAGACCUGACUAGAUUUUAGAUUAACGGAAACGUUUUAUAACGGAAGUUGUAGCACGUCCCUUUAAUUUCUAACAUAAAAAAAAACAAAUGGAAAUUACACGAUUCCUUUUGCAUAUACAAUUGUGCUGCUUAGAUUUAUAUGGUGUCUACAAUAACAGGUUAUCAUUCCGAUAAAACAAGGUUUUUUGCAUCUGAGGAAAAUAGGUCAGGUUCAGGAAGACAAGUUUAUUCCUUUGGUUUUGUCACCUUGUGUGCUUUAAGCCUGCAAUUGUUCUGCUAAUUCCUUCUAUUAUAUCUAUGUAAGCAUUGAUAAUGUUUGAAUCCUUUAGCACACUUGGGGUGCAUUUCUGUGUAUUCGCAUUAAAAAAAGGUUAACCGAAAGCAGA